GACGCCUUCAUCCGGGACUCUGGUACCAACUCGCUCUCCAAGAUGGCGGCGUCAGCAGCUAAAAAGAAGGGGAAUAAGAAAGGGAAGACCUUUUCCUUGACUGACUUCCUGUCUGAGGACAGUGGAGGCGGAGGAGGAGGAGGAGGGGAAAGGGGAGGGAAUGCCCCACCUCCCAACUACCCCGCCAAGUCUACCAGCUGGGCCGAUGAGACUGAUGACCUGGAUGGAGAUGUCUCCACCUCCUGGCACACAGAGGAGGAUUCGUUCCGGUCGAACAUCGACCGCUCCAUCCUGCCAACCGCUCCGCGCUCGGCCCGCGAGCCCGAUGUGGACCGCGCCCGGCUGCCCCGCAGCCCACCCUACACCGCCUUCCUGGGCAACCUGCCCUACGACGUCAGCGAGGAAUCCAUCAAAGACUUCUUCCGUGGCCUGGCAAUCAGUGCUGUGCGUCUCCCCAGGGAGCCCAGCAACCCAGAGCGCCUGAAGGGCUUCGGCUACGCAGAGUUUGAUGACGUGGAUUCCCUUCUGGGGGCCCUGAAUCUGAACGAGGAGAACCUUGGAAACCGAAGGAUCCGCGUGGACAUUGCAGACCAGUCUAACGACAAGGAAAGGGACAAUGGGCAGAUGGGGGGUCGCGACCGAGGAGGGCGCAUGUCCGACCUGGGUCCUGACAAGACUGACACGGACUGGCGGGCCCGCCCUGUCAAUGAAGACGACGCGCCUCCCAAGAAAGAAGAUGCGUUUGGCGAACGCUCAAGAGACCGCUUCGAAUCCGACCGCUUCAAAGACGGGCCGCGCCGCGACAACGACCGCUAUGAAUCAGGUGGCGGCAGAGACCGCUUCCGGGAACGCUACGAUGCUGGGGACCGCAGAGACUACGACCGGGGAGGUUUUGGCUCCCGUGGAGGUGAUAGUGCUGGCGGAAGCAGCAGCCGCCGUGCUUUUGGAAGUGGCUACCGCCGCGACUAUGAUGACGCUCCUCCGAGUAGAGGUGGCUAUGGCGAGCGGGAGCGCUACGGCGGCGGGGAGCGUGAGGACCGGUACGAGAAGCGCGAGGAGAGGGGGGGUGAGGCUGCCACAAGCAGGCCCCGGCUGAACCUAAAGCCCCGCAGCGUGCCCAAAGAGGAGGAGCAGGGUGGUGCUGGCGGUGUAAUCAGCGGAGGGGAGAGGCCUCCAGCGCCCCCUCCCAGCUCUGGAAGCAGGGCCUCCUCCAUCUUCGGCGCGGCCAAGCCAGUGGACACGGCGGCCAAGGAGCGAGAGGUGGAGGAGAGGCUGAAGAAGGAGCAGGAGAGGCUGGUGAGGCAGCUAGAGGACGACAAGGGUAGAGGCCUCGACAGGAAGCCCCGAGACAGAGACAGGGACCCAAGCUGGCGCACUGAGGAACCGCAGGCAGAGCGAUCUCGCACAGGGAGUGAGUCAUCACAGCAAGGGAGCACCUCUGGGAGAGAUGGCUCUCCUUGCCCCGCCCCAGGCACGCGGCGCCGGGAGAGCGAGCGCUCGGUGGACGGCGAGGUGUUCAGCGGGAGGGAAGAAGAGUGCGCCUCCCCCGGGGGCACCUCCCCGCGCCCCCUCUCCACAGGCUCCGCCUCUUCCAAGGAGCCGCUGAAGGUGGUGCCCGCCCCCCCCCCGAAGGAGAACGCCUGGGCCAAGCGCAGCGCGGUCAGCACCAGCUCCAGUGACAAGGACGGCCUCUCCCCCAUCUCCCCCAGCAGUACAACUCCACCUAAACUCAGCGCCACAAAUUCAGCAGAUGAAAGAGGAUCUGGAAAGGACGAGCAUAAGGCUGACGCUGUGCGAAGGGACCGGGGUCCCCCGCGGGGGCGUGGGGGGCCCGCGGGCCCCGAAGCUGGGCGGGGCCGAGGAGAGGCCCCCAACAGAGACCGGCGGAGAGAGGCCGACAGAAAGGAUAACAGAAGAGACCGAGACUCCAGACCACCUGCAGAGCCAAAGAAAUACGAAGAGAGCCCAAUCCCCAAGUUCAGCUCAGCGAGUAAAUAUGCUGCCCUGCUGAUGGACGGAGAGCAAGGGGACAGUGCUGAAGAUUGAAUACAGCGAAGAAGAGAUCAAGAAAAUUGAAGAUUUACGGCAAAAAUAAUAAUCACAUUAAAUAUGGAAUCAAAUAUCUCAUAUGACAUGAGAGGCUUUGGGGGAAGCCCCCCCACCCCACCCCUCCCGCAUCCCCUUCUUCCCCCCCUCCCUCCCCCAUCGAUCCGUCACCCCAUAUUCUUCUCCCAUCCCCUUCUCCACAGUCAGGACUUUUCAGUUUAUAAUAUAGUCGCAUACUGGACACGUUUUUAAAUGGAAAAGGGGUAGCGGAUACAUUCGAGGAAAAGAAGUUGGAAUAAAAUUGAACUAAUUGUAAUAAAUAAAUGGAAAAGUGGGGAAAUGAUUUUUGCAUAUUUUUGGGGUGCGGGUGUGGUAUUUUAAUUGCAGGAGAUGUAGCUUUACUCAGUUUGGUUGAAUAACUUGCCUCAACUUGUGACUUGCCUUGUUCAUAAAAUACAACGUACUUCCUGAUCAUUGACGUACCUUUUCUGUUGAUAAAAAAACAAAACGGUGAUGUGCAAAUUGUAAAUUACGACUUACGUAAUGAACAAAUAUUUGCAAAUCAACACAUAUUGGGAGUAAUGCUUUCUUUUUUAAAACUUGUAUAGGAGUAUAUAGGCGUCGUUCAGUAUUAUGCCUCCUAGCCCAACGAUGUCGGAUGCAUGCAGAGGAUGAGCAAUCUGCUCAGCCAGAUAAUCAAGUGCUGUCACCAUUAUUCCCAACCUUCGUGCUGAUGUGAAAGCAAUAAUGGACCUUAUGCUGGAUGAUGGCUUCAAUUAAAGACUCUCCAGGUCU